GCCAAAGGAAAGUCCAAGGAUGGCAAGGGCGGCCCGAAGGGUGGAAGAGGCCGAGGAGACAAAGAUGAGGACCGUGGGAAGGGCAAGAGUGGCAAAGGUGAGAAGCAGAGAGCGCUGCCUACCAUGGACAUGCCCUUCCUGCCUCGCCGCGAGGGAGAUAAGCGCCUGAUGGUCGUGGACGCUUCUUCCGGCCGGCACAACGUCCUGACGAACUGUCUCAACUGUGGAAAGGUGAUCACCGAGCAGGAAGGCUGGGGUCCUUGCCUCUUCUGUGGCAACCCUUUGGAGGUUGGAGACCGCCGGACCGGCAUCAAGAGAGGCGAUGAGCGAGGUCGGAUAGAUGUGGAUGGCAGGCCAGCUGGUGAUGACGACGAACGCUACAAUGCCUCGUUCCAGCGAGCGGUUGCCACCAAGGACAGGCUCCUAAGCUACGACCGGGAUGCGAAGCGAAGGACCAAGGUCUACGACGACGCGACGGACUGGUACUCCGAGGCGGCGAACCCCUGGCUCUCCGAGAAGCAGAGGGAGGAGGCCAAAGCCAAGGGGCAAGAUGAGGAGAUUUCCGAGCGGCGCCGCAGGGAGGAGCGGCGCAAAAUCCACGCGACCAUCGACAUCUUCGGCCGGACCGUCAUUGACACGAGCGCUGAUGUUGAGGCGAACAUGAAGAAGAAGGAUCGAGAGACGUUUCAAGAGUGGACCGAGGGGACCACGAAGAAUCAGCGCCUACUGAAGAUGCUGGAGAAAGUAGAUUGCAUAGUUCACUGUCCGCCAUCCGACAUGGUUCAUCAACCGACGGAAGGCUGCACUUACGAGCUCAACGACGAGUUCAUCAAAAACACUUUCAUCCAUAUUCCGGCCCCACCAGAGCCCGAGGAGCUCAAGCGGGGACGCACCGCCCCCCCGCAGGUUCAUGACGUGGACACCGACCGCGAGCCCGAAUCCGAGGCGGAGCCUUGUGUGGAACCCGUGGAGAAUCCAUGGACGGAAAUCGAGAACACCGUGCCAUGCCCGGAUAUGCUUUGCCGUCACCGCACACACGACGUCUUUGAGAAUGGAGACGGCCACGGCACGACAUGGCCGAUGUACCCCGUUGAGGGAGGCUUGGACGUUGAGGGACAACUUGAGAUGAACGAGUUGAACUACGAUGCAAGCUAUGGCCAGGGAAGCCAAGGGAACGAGAUGACGAAUUUCGUGCAUGGAGCAUGGGAAGGACAGGUUGGAGUCCAGACAGGUGAGGUGAUGCAUCCGGCACCAGGUACAGCGGUGUUCGUCUUGCACCCUCCUCCAUGUAUGGCUUCAGAUGGUGGCUUUGGCAGUUCCCAGCCCUACCUGGUGCCCAUGCACAUCAGCCCCGUGAACUCCAUGAGCCCCGAGAAUCUCGGCUGGCAGAUGCACGCCAUGUCUUCUCCGAACUGGUCGGGGGAAAGCCCGGCGCCUGAGCUUCCAUUCACGUCGCCAGUUGUGCCCAUGCACAGCUUUUUUCCAGAGGCAGGUGAGGAAGUUCCGCAACAGGAGGUCGUCAAACUCCGCAAGGAAGACUUGCUCCCGGAGUGCGACGAGAUCUCGGAAGUUACGCCUGCACUCUCUGACAUCGACAAGUUCUGGGAUGGGCUUGGGGUGGACAUGUUGCAUCAGCCCCAGAAGAUCGGCCGGUCACCGAACAUGGAGCACGUCUACUGGGUGGUGGAUGCCAACAAGCUCAACGACAAGGCGAAGGUCUUGGUCUCGCCGGAGUUCAAGGUGAUGAGUCCAAGCCGCUCGGAGCUGAGCUUCAAGAUGGUCAUGUAUCCCAAAGAUCGAACAUCGUUCCGCCAGGCCGCUGGAGAAGGCUUUGUACAGUUGAAAUGCGAGAGCGACACUCAAGACUUGGCCGAGUGCUCUCUCUCCUUCCGCCUUGCCAUUUGCAACGGCCGCUCGGGGGAACAAGCAAAGAGGGAUGGUCCCGGGAAUCCGGUGACCUGGGACUUCAAGCGAAGCUUGGUCUGCGAUGACGACGAGGUCAAGAAGAUUUGGAACUUCAAAGACGUUGUCGACAAGAAGACUCGGACUUUUGCAGAGCAACGUGGCAUUGGCGGCGCAAACGCCCAAAUGUCUGACGAGUCGCAGAAACUCUAUGAGAGGCUGCGUGCAGCCCUCCACGCCGCCGGCACUGGCAAGGACAGGGGCUACGAGAGUCUCAAAGCGACGAAGGCGCAGGACGGAGGUAUGGAAGGACGAAAAACUCGUAGCUGGAAUGUGAGUGGAGGUGAUCGCGUGGAGGACGAGUUCUCCGCUGUCACACUUCGGGACUUUCAGGGCAGCGAGAGACCUCUGCUGCCCGCCGAGGCGAGACUGCUGCAGCUGGAAGCGGCCAUCUCGGAGAUUAAGCAGGUCAAUGCAGAUGUCGUAAAGCGUGUCGACCAGCUGGAGUUCGAUGCGCGCCGACCGCAUCCAGGCGUGCAGGGGGACCCCAACGGAGAUAUUGAAGCCAGCGAAACCUCCUCAUCGGAGAGUGACCUCGUUCAUAGACAUUACGACACAAAAGGCACAGGACUUACGGAGCACCCCGUGGAGAGCGCCGAGGGAUAUGUUUUUGAAGAAAACUGCUGGGAUGUGGUCGUCUGCUUCGGACACCCUGCCAUCGGUUAUGGCUCAUCGCUUUUGCUUCUGUUCCUUCUGGGACUCACCAUUUUCUUGCAGUUGGUGUUCUGCUACAUGGUUGCCACGAGCUUCACCGAAAACCCCUACGACACUUCUUCGCAGAAUGCCCUGAGCUACUGGCGGAUCGACAUGGCUCACAAGGCAAGCCAGGUUUCCUCGAACUCGAUGACCUCCUUGGCCUCCCGGGCCUGCGGCUUCGACAAGGCCCUGGCUACCUCCUUCAGUGAGAAGGAGAUUGCACAGAACAUCGCGGACUACGGCUUUUCUUUCCUGAGUACCGGAUUCAUCAUGUGUGCACUGGCCUUGUUGACCUGGUUUGCAACGAUGAUUGCCGAGUACGGAAAGCUCUUCCACUUUGCCUUGGGCCUCUCCGAGGUACCACGAGGGCACACCGUCUUCCAUUUGGAAGAGGAUCAGAUUGCACUUGUCAAGCUGUCUAGGAAGCGGCUAAGCUUCAUCCUCACAGCGGUCCUGGCACGGGCAACUGUCCAAUCAAUCUUGCUCUGGUAUGGAACGCUCUAUCUGGUCUACACCGAAACGGUGCAAGACCUCCUCCUCAACGCGGUGGCUCUAAAGUUCGUGCUGGAGGUUGCCGAGCUGCUCUACUCGGGUUUUGCCCCAAGGCGUACGCGCACCUUCAUCCAGAGCUUGAAGCCUCUUAACUUGGAGCGUCUUGGGGCCAGCCAUCACGACUGCCUCCUCCCAACAUUUCUCUUGGCACUUCUAUGUGUCAUGCUGGCCCUGUCCUAUGUCUUUUUGUUGACCCCUGCUCUUGAAGCCCGCUCCAAGACCUGGGAAGGCUUGUGCGGAGGCCGUCAGGAUUUUGCUGUUGCCACAGAUGGCCUCGGGCGGCUUCACUACAGUCUGACCAGCGAGUACGACGACACCGGCGAGACAGAGCUGACCUCCUACGUGCACCGGGCCACUGAUCUCCUCAUCAAGGAUGCGCCUCCGGACGAGGAGCAGCCUUGGAGCAUUUACGUGUCGACCUUCGACAGCUUAAGGAAGAAGGUGGACUCCCAAAGCGUGGUAGAAGCAGGUGGCACUCGUCUCUGCGAGGAUGGGGACAAUCAGAAGGGCGUCGAUGAGUGGACCCACAUGGGGCUCCAAAUUCUGAAGAUGGUGACUAAAAAUGACUCCUUGACGGACUGUGCAUCGGUCGUGCCCUACUGCACCCAAGUGGGCAUUGCUGGCUUGCGGAGUCGUCAGUGGUGUCCCCUGAGCUGCGGCUGUGCAGACCCGUUUGGCGGUUUGCUGCUCGACAGGGUGUCGAACGGCUGUCCGGCCGCGUGCGCCCAGAAGUUGGCCUCUCUUGCAGAGGGUAUCCAGUGCAAGGAUGGUGAAUUGAACGAAACGAUGGCGUAUGCGCUCGGCGCAAAGGCGCUCUUUACUCAGAGGGGCUUCACGUCCAAAGCCCUGGAGCUCCUGGCAGACCGCAUGGUGGACCAGGGAUGCUUUGCCGUUGCUUAUGGAGGCACGGCGGGCAUGGACUUUUGCGUUGGCAGCAGCACGCUGAGGGUUAACACAGUGAACUUCCGCACCGUGAAGAUGGUCUGUCCCGUGGCUUGUGGCUGCGAUGGCAGCGGUCUGCCGGGCCACAAGCGAGACAUGGCCACAGUGGGCGCUGUCGGAACCGGACUUCGGAUAACAGGAGUCUGCGAGGAGCAAGGCUGGCUGAACGAGACUCGCUUUGCCCCACAUGGUGCUGCGGGCAGCGGAGCACCUGUCUUUCUGAAUGAGGAGGGUCAGAUGUAUUUGUAUCAUGGGCCCCAGUGUGCAGCAGGAACCAUUGGAUCGCGUUGGAUCUUGAGCCCCACCCUUUGCAAUGCGGGCUACUACCUGGCCUACACCGUGGACCAUGACUCCUCAAGGCCACCGGACACAGCAACGUGGUUCAUGGACUGCCGAGGGUCUGGCUGGCAAGAGAUGACGUUGAAGUUGAGCCCGCUUGUGGAGGAGAAAAUCCCUGGCAAUGUUUGGAGCCGAGUCAACUCCAGCUUGCAGAUCACCAGCAGCCUCUGCACGGACCGGAAGGCUCUCGUGAACACUGUCUUUGACCUGCAGGGCGAGACGGACAGUGGAGCUCCGCUCUACAGGGCGUUAGACGGCAGCUACUUGUACCAUGGACCUCACUGUGGUCUUGGCCAAAGCGGAAAGAAGUGGAUCAUUAGCCCAGCCUUAUGUACACAAGGCUUCGACUAUGCGUACAUCUUGUCAGAGGAUGAGUAUGGGCCGCCCCUUUCAUCCUCUCAGUGGUCCGUGAACUGCGGCAGGAAAGGCUGGCUCACCAUGCCGAUCAAGUUCAGUCCCAUCUCGCUGUACGGUCGCAUCAAGACGCCGAAAGGCUUUUGCCUGGAGCCUUGGCACGGAGAUCCGUUGCUUCAACCGUGCACGGCGGAUGGCUCUCAGUUGUGGAUCUACAAUGCAACUAGCGGACUUCUGAAGGACCGGCAUGGCGAAUGCUUGGAGGCCCCAGUCGUCGGCGCUUUCCCAUCACAGCCAGUCGGAACUCCCGUUCGCACCACCGCCUGCGAUCCUGACGCGGCGAGUCAAAAGUGGACGUACGACAAGGAAACAAAGGAGGUGAAGCUUCAAGCCGGCAACUGCCUGGAUGCUGCACAGCCUGACACAGAGAGUCCGUAUGGAGAUGCGGAGGAUGCUGGACAGUGCCUCUCCAUGCACCAGCCCUGGGCUUCCUUGCUGGUCUACGGGUUCAAGCGCGCCGAAGGCCGCUCGUGGAGCACGGAUCAUCGAGGCCGGCUCUGGAUCCAUGCGACUUCCAAAGCCCCGGAUCCAGAGGAAGUUGCGGCGUUAGAAGAGAGGUACCGGGACAUCUACGAGUCUGCCGGCGUCCCCAUUCCGCCACUGCCCUCUAAGUCGGGUGGCUAUCCGACGUCUGCCCUCCUGGGCUGUGUCGACCUGGAAGCCUGUUGGACCCAAGUCGAGUAUGCCAGCGUGCUCGCCCGGAACCCUUCGAUGCCUCAGGAGGAGAGCCAGAGCGAGCACAUUUUCUGGUGUCUGCGCCCACGUCGACUGCUGGUUCCCCUGAAGAUGGGCGGCGACCACAAGAUCUGGAAACUGGAGAAGUCGGCCCUGACGCCGGCGCAGCGCGGCCUGCAGCCUGUGCGAUGGCCGGUGCCCGAGGAGGGUGAAAGCAACAUCGUGUCGCCUGCGCUGGCAUGA